AUGAGUGAGUUGGUGUCUGAAAAUGGUGGGUCUUCUUCCUUGAGAGAGGAAAUAUCAGAGGUGGGGAGAAGCAUGAGAAUGCUGAGGAGUGGAAGGCUUAGCUUUGGAAGCAAAAGAAGCAGUGGGGUUUUCAGCCAGACCUCAGAUUUUGUAGAUGAUGAGGAGGCUCUUCAUUGGGCAGCCAUUGAAAGGCUUCCAACAUAUGACAGAAUCAGAUCUUCAAUCUUCAAGGAUUAUGAUGAGACAGGCAAGGUCAUAAACAAGCAUGUUGUGGAUGUGGCUCAUCUCAAGCCUGUGGAGAGGCACCUGCUGAUUGAGAAACUGUUGCAGGACACAGAAAAGGGUAAUGGGGAGUUCCUAAACAAGCUAAAGAGAAGAAUUGACAAAGUAGGAGUACAAUUGCCAACAGUUGAAGUGAGAUUCCAAAACUUGAACAUUGAUGGAAAGACUCAUAUUGGUGGUAGGACUCUACCAUCACUUUGGAAUGCUACUAGAAAUAUUACAUUGGAUCUCCUCAAGUUGAUUGGAUUGAAAAAAAAGAAAGUUGAUUUUAACAUAUUGAAAGAUGUCAAUGGGGUACUCAAACCAUCUAGGAUGACACUUCUACUAGGCCCACCAGCAUGUGGGAAGACAACCUUGCUCCUCGCCCUUGCAGGGAGAUUGGAUCCAGAUUUAAAGAUGACAGGAGACAUCUCAUACAAUGGACUCAAGCUCAAUGAAUUUGUUCCUCAGAAGACAACAGCUUAUAUCAGUCAGUAUGAUUUGCAUAUUUCUGAGAUGACAGUGAGAGAAACACUCGAUUUUGCAGCUAGAUGCCAAGGAGUUGGCACCAAACAUGAACUAUUAGAGGAAAUUGGAAGAAGAGAGAAAAAAGCUGGGAUUCUUCCAGAAGCAGACAUAGACACAUAUAUGAAAGCAACUGCAAUCAAGGGUUUGAAGGAGAGCAUUCAAACAGAUUACAUUAUAAAGGUUCUUGACUUGGAUAUCUGUUCAGAGAUAAUGGUUGGUGAUGCCAUGAUAAGAGGAAUCUCAGGUGGACAGAAAAAACGAGUAACAACUGGGGAGAUGAUUGUAUCUCCAAUAAAAACUCUUCUCAUGGAUGAGAUAUCAAAUGGCUUGGACAGCUCCACCACUUUUCACAUCAUGAAGUGCCUUCAACAGUUUGCACACAUCAUGCAAGCUACAAUACUUGUAUCACUUCUCCAGCCAGCACCUGAAACAUAUGAUCUCUUUGAUGACAUUAUCUUAAUGUCUGAAGGGCAGAUAAUAUAUCAUGGCCCUCGGGAUAAUGUACUUGACUUUUUUGAAUAUUGUGGGUUCAAGUGUCCAGAGAGGAAAGGCGCUGCAGACUUCAUGCAGGAGGUUAUUUCCCAAAAGGACCAAGAACAGUACUGGUUUAACCAGGAAAAGCCCUACAGAUAUAUUUCUCCAGAACAGUUCCAACAGAAAUUCAAACAGCAUCAUGUUGGAGAGAAGCUAACACAGGAACUUGAGACACCUUUUUCCACGUCUGAAGCAGGUGAAGCUGGUCUGUGCUUCAGCAAAUACUCUCUCACAAAAUGGGAACUGUUCAAGGCAUGCUUUGCUAGAGAGUGGCUACUUAUGAAGCGGAACUCAUUUGUCUAUGUCUUCAAGGCAAUACAGCUUUUUUUGCUCGCAAUUAUCACAAUGACAGUAUUCCUUCGCACGCGCAUGAAAGUAGAUCUAUCACAUGCAGAUAGUUACCAAGGUGUACUUUUCUUCACACUGACAGUCAUGAUGUUCAAUGGAUUUGCUGAGCUGUCAUUCACACUUGCUCGAAUUCCAGUAUUCUUCAAACAAAGAGAUCUUUACUUCUACCCAUCAUGGGCUUAUGCCAUUCCAGGAUUUGUUCUGAAGGUUCCAAUUUCAUUUUUCGAGUCACUUAUGUGGACCUCAAUGACUUAUUAUGUGAUUGGAUAUGCUCCUGAAGCUGGCAGGUUUUUCCGACAAUUCCUUGUCCUCUUUUCCAUGCAUCUAGCAGCAGUCUCACAAUUCCGAGCAGCUGCUGCACUUUCUCGAAGCCUGGUUAUUGCUAAUACAGCUGGUUCUCUGUCAAUAUUUCUUGUUAUUGUGUUUGGGGGUUUUCUCAUCCCAAGACCUUCAAUUCCAAAAUGGUGCCAAUGGGCAUAUUGGAUCUCGCCUCUAUCAUAUGCAGAGACUGCAAUUACAGUGAACGAGUUUCUUGCUCCACGAUGGACUAGUAAGCAGAUGCCUUCUCAACAUAAAAAUCUUGGUUUAGAGAUAUUGGAGAAUCGAGGACUUUUCCACAGAGGAAACCUAUAUUGGAUGGCGGUGGGAGCAUUGAUGGGUAUUAUAUUAUUAUUGAAUAUUGUCUACACCCUUGCUUUGACAUAUUUAAACCCAAUUAGCAAGCCUCAAGGUGUGAUUUCUCAGAAGAAGCAAGCUCAAAUUCAAGGAAUUCAAGAAGAUACUGCAACUGAACUACAACCUCAAUCAGAUUCCACAACAUCUAGGACAGAAAAAGAAGCCAAGGGCACUGCUGAAGUGCAGAUGGCCAAUACAGGAAAUAGACAGGACAGAUUUUCUGGAAGGUCUAAUGCAACUAAACAGGGAAUGAUUUUACCUUUCAAGCCAUUGGCAAUGUCUUUUCAAAAUGUGCAGUAUUUUGUCGAUAUGCCUGUGGAAAUGAAAGAGCAAGGAAUUACAGAAGAUAGACUUCAGCUGCUGAGAAACAUCAAUGGUGCUUUUAGACCAGGUGUUCUAACAGCUUUAAUGGGUGUUAGUGGAGCUGGGAAGACAACAUUAAUGGAUGUUUUAGCUGGAAGAAAGACAGGAGGCUAUAUUGAGGGAGAUAUAUAUAUCUCAGGAUUCCGGAAGGUGCAAGAAACAUUUGCCAGAAUAUCGGGAUAUUGUGAGCAGAAUGACAUACAUUCUCCUCAAGUUACUGUUUAUGAAUCACUCAUUUAUUCAGCAUCUUUGCGUCUAGCACCUGAAAUAGAUGCAAAGACUAAAAAGCUUUUUGUCAAUGAAGUCAUGGAGCUAGUUGAAUUAGAUAACUUGAAAGAUGCCCUUGUGGGCAUCCCAAGUGUUAGUGGCCUAUCUACCGAGCAACGAAAAAGACUAACGAUAGCAGUAGAGCUUGUUGCAAAUCCUUCUAUCAUAUUUAUGGAUGAGCCAACUUCUGGUUUAGAUGCCCGUGCUGCUGCUAUAGUAAUGCGUGCAGUUCGGAAUACUGUAGAUACAGGGCGAACAGUUGUUUGUACAAUUCACCAGCCAAGUAUUGAUAUAUUUGAAUCAUUUGAUGAGUUACUGUUAAUGAAACAAGGAGGAGAAAUCAUAUAUGGGGGUGCACUAGGUCACCGUUCUGAAAAGGUUAUACAAUAUUUUGAGGCUAUUUCAGAUGUGCCAAAAAUCAAAGAUACGUAUAAUCCUGCGACAUGGAUGUUAGAAGUUACGUCUACCGCUGUUGAACAGCGCAAUGGUAUAGACUUCGCUCAGAUUUAUAGAGACUCAACCCUUUAUCAGCAAAGUGAAGAACUAGUUAAAAAUUUAAGCAUCCCAGCACCAGAUUCAGAGGACCUUCAUUUUCCAUCUCGGUAUGCACAAAAUACUUGGAAGCAAUUCUCAGCCUGUCUAUGGAAGCAAUAUUGGGCAUACUGGCGGAGUCCUGGCUAUAAUUUAGUACGCUUAAUUGUCACUUUCAUUGUGGCAAUAGUAUUUGGUGCCAUCUAUUGGCAGAAAGGAACAAAGAUACACAACCAGCAAGACCUGUUCAGUAUGACGGGAGCAAUUUAUGGUGCCACAAUGUUUAUAGGAGUAACCAAUUGUUCCGCUGUGCAGCCCUUUGUGGAUGUCGGGCGCAGUGUUUUCUAUAGAGAAAAAGCAGCAGGGAUGUAUUCUGCUGUUGUAUAUGCUCUUGCCCAGGUGGUCAUAGAAAUUCCUUAUGUCCUUUUCCAAACUGUCCUCUAUGGCAUCAUCACAUACUCAACAAUGGGGUAUGAAUGGUCUGCAGAUAAAUUUUUCUGGUACCUCUUCGUAAUGUACUGCACUUUCCUCUACUUCACUUAUUUUGGCAUGCUGACAGUCUCCAUUACUCCAAAUGCACAAUUUGGUGCUAUACUAGCAGCAAGUUUCUACUUUCUCUUCAAUCUUUUUUCAGGCUUCAUUAUACCAAGACCGGAUAUUCCUGGAUGGCUGGUGUGGUACUAUUGGAUUUGCCCCACUGGCUGGACUCUAAAUGGUCUCAUAACUAGUCAAUAUGGUGAUUUGAGCAAACAAAUUAGUAUAGCUGGAAAACCUUCACAAUCUGUGAAAAACUUUAUAAAAGAUUACUUUGGAUUUCACCAUGACUUAUUGGGUCUCACUGCUGCAGUCCUAGCAAUCUUCCCUGCUUUUUUUGCAGUGUUGUUUGCCUAUGCAAUCAGAACCUUAAAUUUCCAGAAGAGAUGAAGGAAACAAUGUUAUGAAAGAUAAUACAAUUAGCAUAUGGCAAGGCCUGCAAUGCAUAGAUUGCAUUUGUCUAUAACUUGACAAAGUUAACAUGGUCAUUUUUCCUCAAGUAAUGUACAUUUGUUAGUUAGGGAUUAAAGGCCAACA